AUGUGCGAUUUCUUUACACCUUCUGUGAGAGAUCGGCUACCAGCUAUCAUCAAGAACGGUCAGGUUCAAGAAUUGCUGGUUCCACUUGUACGAUCGGGAAAUGCAGCAGUUGACCAUGCUUACUGCUACAAGCACGGGAAGCAAUGCAAAGUUUCUUGUCUGUCUUCCUAUGAUUUUUCGAUCAGUUUAAAAAAUUGUUUGUCCUCAACCAUUACCAAUACUACACAAGAAAUUGUAUUGUUUUUGCUUCUGUUUUGUGUUGCAAACAAUUCACAGGUUGAAGCUGCGGAAAUCAACUGCGCAGGGAGUCCUUGCAUUGACUACUCGCCUCGAGGAUUGGUCUUGCGAGAAAGCGGUGCCACGUUCAUAGCCUUCCUUGCAUGGAUUUCCCAGCGUCUUCUUCUGCAAGAACCAAUACUGAUUCAUGAGAAUGUUGAAGGCUUUGGAGUUUCAGAACUGAAGUCUUAUCUUGGACACCUCUACGAGGUCAUUACCGUGCUGAUUACUCCAAAAGUUUUUGGAUGGGGCUGCUCAAGGACAAGACGAUAUACGAUAAUGAGGCACAUCAACAAAACUGCAGGUUGGAAAAUGGACUUCUCUGUCUUUCUUCAGCUUUUCAAAGCUGAUCAGUGGUUUGGGGAGUACGAUGCUCAGAGUGACAUUUUACCAGCUUGGGAUUGUUUUUUUUGUGCAUCUGCUGCGGAUCUACAUGAUGAACUCAUGUGGGCAGUCCAUCGACAAGGAAGCUGUGGCCAAAAAUUGACAGAUGUCAACAAAAAGGACUUGGUAGAGAAACUUGAAGCGGGUGACACAUCCUACUUUGUCAAUGCCCUGACCGAUGCUGAGUAUGAUUCACUUUUGCUGUAUUCGGAUGGAGAUACUGCAGGUGACAAGGUUUACUCACUGAACCAGAAUCCUGACUUCAGUGAAACAAAGAGCACUUGGAAGAGUGGCGCUCAUGGACGGUGGUUGGGCGCUAAAGAGGCGCUUUUGGUGAUGGGCAUUCCCGUCUUCACAUGGCUCAGUGAUGGUUUGGAGAUGACGUCUUUCACUGAGCAAAAUCUUAGGAGACGAAGCAAACCCUUCGCGAUAACACACAUGAUUGGCAUGGCAGGCAAUGCGAUGCAUACUCAGUGUGUUGGUUUGGCUUUGCUUUACGCAGCAACCCAGGUUCCGGAGUGCCAGAACGGCCAGUUGAUAACUGUGAAGUGGUUUAAUGACCACGGACUUGCAAACAUCCAAAGACACCCCGUGAAUGACAGAAAGCAGAAUUCGAUCCGACAGAAGUACGCUCGUGGCAUCCUUCGCCAUGGAAUUCUUGAAGGAUGCCGUGGAGAACAUUGCAGAUUUGUGAAUACAUUGAGGGCAGAGUCCUUCUAUGACUGCGCGAAGUCCGAUCCCGACAAUGAGCAGGUGCCUUUGCUUCCGCAGAAUGUGCCAGAUGUUGCCACAAAGGGAGCUGCAAACUCUUUCGAUGGAACAAGCUCGGUCCAGCGCAACCACUUGUAUCAUUUUGUUUCUGGCCCUGAGAGCAGCUUGAUGAGUGAAGCUCGGGAAAAGCUGAUGUGUCCAAUUUCUGGAUCAGUCUUUGUGAACAAGGUUCUGCAGAAGCAAAGGAAAAAUGAUUCAAUGUCCGGACUUCUUGAAGGAGAUGGUGAUCACAAAGACAAAGAUGAAUCGAAAGGACGAAAACGUCCUAAAGCUCCUGAUUUAGCAGACGAGCCUGAGAAAAAGGUUGCGAAAAAGGAGAAGGCGAAACCAAAAGCAAAAGGCAAGGCAAAGGCAAAAGCAAAGAAUGCAGCAACGUUGGGCUUUCAUGAAACUGAGGAAACACUGCAGGGAGAUGUUGAAGAUACCAAUCUCGGAACAAGCAGACCACGUACAUGGAUCGAUGACGUUUUGUUCGCAGUGGACAAGUGUUUUGUUUUUUGCGGAACGGACUUUGGGAAGAUGAUGGCAAUCCCUGCCGUGUACUCAGCUGUCUCCUUCUUCAUGACCGUGAGUUUGGAGUUUGCAUUGUCUGGCUCAACCAUGUGGAAUGGACGGCCAGUCAAAGAGUGGAGCAAGCUACGACCAUGUCUUCAAAGCUUUUUGCAGAAGUCCAUUUUGCAUGCCAAGGGUGCUCUUCCGCAGGGUGAGAAAUCAGAAAUCCUGUCGAAGCUUCUGACUGAAGUUUCCAAACAGGCAGAAAAGUCCAUGAAUGAUUCGUCAAAGUCAAAGUCCUUGCUGCAGGACACAGGUGUGAUGCAGAAAGUCCAAAGGUUUGUUUCGGCAAGCAAACAAACCAACAUCCACCAGCAGCCUUCGUUUUCAGCGUACUUGGCCAAGCUGAAGCGAGACUGUUGCACUUGCGGGUCUCCGGAUCUUGAUGGAGCUGUUGAAAAGUGUAGCUUUCAUACCCAGGACGGUCUUGCCAUGCCAGACUUGAUGUGGGGAUUAUCACGCGCCUUGCGUGAUGAAAAAGACGAUGAAGAGGAGUCCCAGUUCGAGUCUAUGAUCCCGAUCGAAGUUCCUGUGGUGGCAUUGACGGCAUUGCUGAUGAUCCGUGAGGCAGAAGAUGCCAAGAAGACUGCAACUCAGAAGGAAUCAGAAGGAGAUGUUGGCGAAGCUACCACCAAGGAGACCAAGGAUGACAGAAUUGACCUCUUGGCUGUACUGGGGAAGGACUGUCGUUUCCUUCUUUCUGAGAAUGACGAGAACAAGUGGGUUCUCAACGAAGGUUUGAUCAACAGAAUGAUUACGUGCAGCUCCUUGUACAUGAUCAAUGCGGCCAAGUUCAUGAUGGAGAUUCCUGGGUCCAUGUCCCAUGAAUUGAUUUCUAUGGAGGAUGGUGUGGACCCUACGCUUUUGUACAAGCUCUUUUCCUUUCUGCAGACCGGUGACGGGAGGAAUGCAGACGUAACAGACUAUUUGAUGGGAAUUGAAGGCCAUUUCUAUUUGCAAAAAGGAUCUGACGAGUGCCCGGCAGACAGAUCAGUUGAUGCUUGGUCUACGACUUGGGCAAAGCUUCUCAAGCGAGUGGCAAUUUCAACGAAGAAGCGUUUGGAGGAAGAGGUCAAGAAGGGCAGCGAUGAUUCCAAAGGUUCAAGCACCAUUGAUUUUGAUGUGAAAACAUUUCCAUCUUCAGAUUUUGCAGUGGAGAAGGAACUGAAAGGAGUUCUCCGUGGAAAGGUCCCGACAGUGAAAGAAGAAGUACCAGCACAGAAAGGGAUGAUGGCGCCGACAAAGGCUGUGGAACCUGAUGCUGCGCAGGCUCAGGGUGCCCGCGUUUCUUCCGAAGAAGCUGCUGAAGCUCCUUCUUCUGCCGUGCUCCCUGAUAUUCUUGACUUUGACAAGAUUUACCGGCUGGGAAUGUCUGAGGCUGCCGGCGAUGCUUCUUCCAUUUCCGUGGACGUUCGGGACAUCAUCAGCAUCCAGCAUUCCAUAUCAGGCUUCAUUCUGAACAAUGCAACGUGA